AUGAUCGUGAUACAAUCCGCAAUUAAUCUGCAAUUGCCCAAUUACGGCACCAUCCUUACACCAGGUGCUCCACUUCUGAAAAGAUACGGAGCUGAUGGCAUUAAGGAUGAUGCCCAAUCGAGUGACAAAGCUAUUCCUUGUGAUGUGAUUUCAAUUGAGAAUCUCAAUCAAAAUUCAUCUACAGAUUCAUUGCUUUCUCUAGCGCAAUUAUUCAAUAAAGCGGAUGAUGCUGAAUAUGGCGCAAUUCGUGCUAAUCAGGAAGAGAUUUUGCGCUGGUAUUAUUAUGGAAAAGAAUUUUUAACCCAGAUUAAUCAACGAUCUGAAAAGACAGGAUUGCGUCUCCCAGAAAUCUCCCGUAAAAACUUACAAAGGAAAACUCAGAAAGCUGUGAAGAUAUAUAAAUUAUUUGAAAAGGUAGGCGUGGAUAAUAUUAAGUAUAUUACGACAUAUAGUGCAAACUCUAUUUCUGAGUUGACUAAUGAUAAAGUUCAAGAUAUUAUAGAUAAUUUCUCCAAGCAUAAUGAUAACGAUAACAGUGAUGUGGAAGAAGUAUCAAAAUCAACUGAGGUUAAUACAUCGGCAAAUGUAUUAUCUGCACCUCAAUCUCAUCCACCAAUUCCUAGGACUAAGCCAACUUAUGACCAACCCUAUUUUCGCAACAAGGUAUUGGGUCAAUAUCCUAAUCUAUAUAGAGAAUGUAGUUGUGAAAAUUUCGAUUAUUAUGGGAUUACUGAUGAGACAUCAUGCGGGGACUACAUCUGCCCAUUAUGCAAAUUAGGUCAUGAUGAUGAAGAAAUAGAAGUUGGAUUACCAAGUAUUUUGACAGAUAAGAUUCAUUCCAAAUUAUACAAAAGAUAUAAAAAACAAACUGGAAAUGAGCCAUGGCAACUAACAGAAGUACAUGAAUCGGAAGUUAUAAAUUCGAAGCCAGAAAAAGGGUCUAUAACUUUUGAAGUCAGACCCGAUCCAGAAUUAAUUAUUAAAUCUGUCUUAGAGCACUUCCCAUACUUGAAAUUCCGAAAUAGUUUUAGAGGUAUUGAUAAUUAUAAUUUUGCAUUACCUCAGCCGUGGAACUCGCCAUGCCCUAUUUGUGAUGGAAAACAUGGGAAUUAUGGAUUACAUGGCGCAUGGUAUGGAACAGAAUAUUGUCUUACUUGCUUCACUUCAAGCAAUAAAUUCAAAUUCGCAAUUGUAGCCACAUGA